AUGCCUGGCCGGGUGCAAGAUAACCAACAAGUUAAGAGGCGUACAUCAGAACGUAAAUUCACAGUCCCAGUCAUAACUCCUAGGCUGGAAGAGCUGGCUAAAUGCAAAACCGUACAUCCACGUUUUAAAGCAGACAGAACCACCGCUGAAUGUUUCGUGACAGAGGCAGCUCUGAGGGCUCGGGCAUCACCCAGGUUGAAGGAGCUGGCACAGCCUCGGCCUUGCCCAGCUGGCUGGGAAUUCCAUCGUUCCCCUUAUUCUGUGGUGACUCAGGCAGCAAAGAAUGCCAUAGCCUCAGAGAGGCUACUUGCUCUAGCCAAGCCAAGGCCACAAGCCAGAGAAGCAAACAGUAAGCCUAUCCUUUUCUUGGUUACCAUUCUGUGA